CUAUUGGUUAUAGAUUCUAGAUAAUAUUGUUUGUAACUAAAAGAUAAAAUAAAUUUAGAUUAUGUACAAUUAUGGAUUUCACUGAGGUUAGUUUGAAGUGUGGUGUAAAAAGCGCAUCAAAAGUUUCAGUGAAAGAUGAAAUCUGAAAUAAUAACAAUGAGAAGGAAUUUUCGUUUAAAACAAUACCUACCAUUUUUUAUUGGCAUACUUAUUGGAUGUAUUAUUUCGUUUUUUUAUAAUCCAAUAUAUAAAGAUUCAUGUGUGUUUUCAAUUCAAGUACCAACUACUAUUCAAAAACAUAUAUCUAAAUCAAUAGAAGAAAAUCAAUUGAACUCUGUGCCUGUUUAUGUGAAACCCAAGUCAACACGGUUUAAUUAUGAUUUUCGUCCAUAUUUUGUUUAUAGUGAAUUAGGAUUUCGAUUUCAAUUUAUUGUUGCAGUUAUAACCACAGAAGAAAGAUUAAUGACUUAUGGGAUUGCUAUAAAUAAUACUUGGCUACCAUAUUUACCUCGUGUAGUUUUUUUCACUGUUUACUCCAAAAAUUUAAACUUUCAUAAUCACUUUAAUACAAAACUUAAUUUAAAUGUUAUACAGUUGUCAGAUAUAAAUGAAGAGUCUACAAAAAUUGAAUUUUCAUUUCGUGUUUUGCAAUAUAUGAAAGAUCAUUUUGUUGAUAGCUAUAGUUGGUUUAUGUUAGUUAGCGAUGAGGUAUAUAUUCGCUCUAAUGAGAUGCUGAAAUUCUUGCAUUCUUUAAAUAGCUCAGCAGAAUAUUAUAUUGGAUAUCCAAUGCCAAAAAGUCACAGUAUUCUUUCUUCUGGUAAAAAUGAAUUUCCAGCAUAUUACUGUUAUGAGCAGAGUGGUUUCAUAAUAAGCAGAGCUACUUUAUUAAAGUUUGAAACUCUUCCUAUGAAAUCAAAUAAAAACAUUGGUGAGACCAUUGGAGAAUCAUUUUUUCGAACUUCAAAAGUAGAAUGUAUACAUGACAAAGAGGUCAAAGAUUUGUUUCUAGUUGAUAAAUCUAAUCCAUUCACAAUAGAAAGUGUUUCACACAAUGAAAAAGUUAAUCAGGCACUUUUGCUUUAUCCUGUACAAUCUGCUCGUGAGAUGAUUGAAAUAGAUAAGCACUUCACUUUAAAAAAUUUACAUUCAACUUUUAAAGACAUAAAUUAUCUACAACAAAAAAUUGUUAGCAUCAGAGAAAAACUGCCUGAAGGAGUUCCUGAAAAACUUCUUCAUUGGCCGAUUGGUUUUCCACACCCUUUUAAACCUUUAUCAAGAUUUGAGGUUAUUGAGUGGAUGUAUUUUGAUCUAAAGUAUCUCUAUGGCCAAAAAGAUGCAGAACCAGUCUCUGAAUACGAUUCUGCAAACAAAAAAGAUAUCAGUGAUAUAAUAAAGAUUGCAGAACAAGCACUCCAAUUUCAGCAUAACCCCGCUACAAAUUAUCAUUAUGAACUGGUUAAUGGUUAUCGCAGAUUAGAUCCGCAAAGAGGAGCUGAAUAUAUUAUUGACAUGUUUGAAGGCAGAAAAGGGUUUAAUGUUAAACAGUUAAAGAGAGUAAGUUUGUUAAAGCCAUUCACACAUGUUGAAGCUCUACAAAUGCCAGCAGCAACAGAACAGAAAGGCAUCCACCUUAUUCUUCCUGUUCUCAAAGAAGAUGUUGCCCAGCAUGAAAGAUUUUUACAAAUGUACAAGCGUGUCUGCUUGCAAACAGGAGAAAACGUUGUUCUUCUAACUGUAUUUAUAAACAUACGUUUUGGACAGUUUGAAGGUGAAGAUAAAGAUGAUCCUUUUGUUGAUUCUAAAAAUCUUAUUGCUAGAUACAAGCAAUCUUAUAUGUGGGCACAACUGCCUUGGUUGCAGGUUGGAGUUAAAAAACCAUCCCCAACCCUUCUAAUGGAUAUUGUUUCAAUGAAACUGCCAUCAAAUGCUUUAAUAUUCUUGGUAAACUUAACAGUUGACUUCACAAUUAAUUUCCUCAAUCGCUGUCGUGUGAAUGUUGUGAAUGGGAUGCAGGUUUUUUUUCCCAUCCCAUUUGCUGAAUAUAAUCCAAUGUUAGUUUACAAAACUAAGCAUCAACCAGCUUUUGUAGAUAUUCAUCGUAACAAUGGGUACUGGGAUGAAUCCACAGAUGAUAUUGCUUGCUUCAACAAUAAAGAUUACAAAGAUAUUCGAAUGCUUCUCAAUGAUUUUCUUGAUGAAAAUCAGCCUGUUAGUAGCUUACUGGAAGUUUUUAAAAAGUCUCGUUUAUCAGUUUUUCGAGCAGUAGAUUCUGAUCUUAGACGUCGCUAUACUUCAGUUACCUGUAAUGCUUCUGAAACUACUCAAUAUUCUAAAUGCAUAAGUGAAGUUGGUCCAAGGACUGGUUUUCGUAAUCAAUUAGCUCAAAUAAUUUUUCAGAAAGAAAGAUCAAAUUAAUACUAAAGAAAUUACUAUUUAUAGUUUGAAUUAUGAGUUUGAAUUCUUAAAAAAAAAUCAAAAAUUUAAUAUUAAUUUUUGAA